AUGCCGUUAGGACUAAAAAAUAUAGUGGCUACUUAUCAAAGAUUGGUAACAAAGAUGUUCAAAGAACAGCUCGGCAAAACAAUAGAGGUAUAUAUAGACGACACGCUGGUCAAGUCCCAAAGGGGAGAAGAUCGCAUCGAUCAUUUGAAAGAAACUUUCGACAUACUCAGACGGUACAGAAUAAAGCUGAACCCGGAGAAAUGCACAUUCGGGGUAGCCUUGGGAAAUUUCUUGGGUUUUCUGGUAUCGCAGCGAGGGAUCGAGGUCAACCCAGGCCAAAUUAGAGCCAUUGAGGGGAUACCAGAACUCUUAACCACCAAAAAUCAAGUCCAAAGGUUGACUGGUCGUAUCACCGCCUUAUCAAGGUUCAUUUCGCGGUCGUCAGAUAUGUGCCAUAAAUUCUUUGGCGUACUCAAGAAAGACAACGACCUUGGAUGGACUUCCGAGUGCAUCCAGUCUCUGCGAGAACUGAAGGCAUACCUAUCAUCAACACCCUUGCUUUCGAAGCUCGAACCUGUGGAGCAACUCCUCGUCUAUCUAGUCAUACCCGAGGUAGCAGAGCAUUCGUCCAAAUAUUGGAACAUGAGCAUACCCAAGGAAAUCAGUUGUGACAGCGGACCCUUGUUCACAGGAAAGAAAACCGUCGAGUUCUUCAAAAAAUGGCAUAUCAAGAGAAUACUCUCAACCCCAUACCAUCCAGCGGGUAACGGCCAAGAAGAAUCCUCUAAUAAGUCUAUACUAAAAAUCAUGAAGAAAAAGCUCGAAAACGCCAAGGGAUUAUGGCCGGAGAUGUUACCAGAAGUAUUAUGGGCCUACCGAACAAAUCCGAAGACGAGCACAAGAGAGACGCCCUACUCUUUGAUCUACGAGACUGAGUUAGUAAUACCGGUUGAGGUCGGAGAACCCAACCUAAGGUACUCCCAUGAAAGCGGCGCAAGUAAUGAUGAGAGUAGAAGGCAAGAUCUCAACGAGAUAGACGAACAGAGAGACAUGGCCUACAUAAGAAUGGUCACCCAAAAACAACAAGCAGAAUGUUAUUACAACAAGAAAUCAAAGGCCCGACCGCUUAAAGUCGGGGACUAUGUACUAAAAGCCAAAACUCUAGCGAGCAGAGAUCCCGAGAAGGAAAGCUGGGAACGAACUGGGAUGGUUAACCAAUGA